GAAUGGCAAGUCGGUCGAGCGGGCGAAUACGAAAGCUGCUCGGAGACAUUGGCGCAGACCUCCUUAGUUCGGGUUCGUUCGAACAUCUUAACGGUGAAGAAAAUUGACGCACGCACGACGUACGACGCAAGAGACGCUUGCACGCACGCACGCACGCACGCAUUCACGCAUUACUUACUCAUACACGCACGCGUCAAUCGCCGCUACCACCGCUGGAUUCGUCCUCGUGCGUCUCCUGUUUCGAACAAGUUUAGUAGCGGUAUUCUGUAUUCUGUGCGUGAGUGCCGUGAUAAAUCUCUCCAAAGGACUUUGAAGAUCAAGGGAAGCUGUACGAAGAUUUCUGAAAUCAAGCUUCGGACGCUGGUUGGUGUUUCUUCCAAGUGCCUCCACCGGUUUUUGGGUUAUCAAGGAUUCUUCUUCGUUUGAAAAUCAACAGGCCGGAUUUUUCGGAUAAGAUCGAGGUACGAGGAGUCUAAGGGGCGCAGCAUGAGCCCCGCCCUGGACACGGCGUCGUACCCCAAGGAAGAUCUAACAAUUUCGAGUAUCUCCCCACGUAUCCACCGCCGAGAGUCGACAGAUACAGAGGUGGUCCAGUUAUACAGAAGAGAAUGACUCAGAGGGAGGACGUCCUCAAGUUCGAGCAGGGCCGCAUAAAGGCCCUGCAAGAGGAACGUCUGCACAUACAGAAAAAGACGUUCACGAAAUGGAUCAAUUCUUUCCUCUUAAAGGCACGCAUGGAAGUGGACGAUCUAUUCACAGAUCUAGCGGAUGGCAAAAAAUUACUGAAAUUGUUAGAAAUCAUUUCGGGAGAAAGAUUGGCCAAACCCAACAAUGGACGUAUGCGAGUACACAAGAUAGAAAAUGUUAACAAAUCCUUGGCGUUUCUUCAUACAAAGGUUCGUUUGGAAAGUAUAGGAGCGGAAGACAUAGUAGAUGGGAAUCCUAGACUGAUACUCGGAUUAAUCUGGACCAUUAUUCUGAGAUUUCAAAUACAAGAGAUUGAGAUUGACGUGGACGAAGAAAAUGACAGCAGCGAGAAGAAAUCGGCAAAGGAUGCUUUAUUACUUUGGUGCCAAAGGAAGACCAAUGGUUAUCCUGGCGUCAACAUUCAAGAUUUUACGGGUUCAUGGAGAAGCGGUCUCGGUUUCAACGCUCUUAUCCACGCACACAGGCCCGACUUGGUAAAUUGGUCGGAAUUGCAGCAAAACAAGAAUAUCGACAACUUGAAUUAUGCUUUCGACGUGGCAAAUUCGGAACUCGGCAUACCCAGAUUGUUGGAUGCCGAGGAUGUUGAUACUGCUAGACCCGACGAAAAGUCUAUUAUCACUUAUGUGGCGUCCUAUUAUCAUACCUUCGCCAGGAUGAAGAACGAAAUUAAAAGCGGAAAGAGAAUCGCUAACAUCGUUGGUCAAAUGAUGGACGCCGAUAAGAUGAAAAUCCACUAUGAAAAAUUGACGACCGAUUUGCUUGAGUGGAUCAAACUAAAAAUCCAAGAUUUAGAGAAUCGAAAUUUUCCCAAUUCGCUGGAAGGUAUUCAAAGGGAACUCUUGGCUUUCAAACAAUACAGAACUGUGGAGAAGCCACCCAAGUACAAGGAACGAUCGGAAAUCGAGGCUUUGUAUUUUCACAUAAACACCCAAUUGAAAUCGUUGAACCAACCGGCCUUCACGCCGCAAGAGGGUCAACUCGUUCACGAUAUCGAGAGGAAUUGGGUCGAGUUGGAACGAGCGGAGCAUCGCCGAGAAGUUGCCCUCAGAACGGAACUCUUGCGUCAGGAAAGAUUGGAGCAAUUGAAUUACAAGUUUGAGAGAAAGAGCGUACUUAGGGAAGGUUAUCUGAAAGAAAUGAUUCAGGUUUUGACUGAUCCGAGAUACGGUAGUAAUCUUGCUCAGGUAGACGCUACGGUGAAAAAACAUGAGGCUAUCAGCGCGGACAUUCUAGCUCGGGAAGAAAGAUUUCACGAUUUAACCAACAUGUCAGAAGAAUUGGUUAGAGAGAAUUAUCAUGGACUGGAAAGGGUACGAGUGAGAGAACAGGAAGUCUUGCAAAGAUGGAAAGAAUUGUUGGCACUGUUAGAUCAUCACAAAUCCAAUUUGGUCGCUCUCUCCUCUCUAAUGAGUUUGAUGAGAGAGAUCGACACGACUCUGGCCUCCAUUCAAGAGUUACAACUUAAUUUCCAAAGUACGGAUGUUGGUCCUCAUUUGUUGGGAGUCGAGGAUCUUCUUCAAAAGCACAGUUUGCAAGAAUUACAAGUAACCGCAUUGGGAGAGAGUCAACGACGUUUGGGUAGACAGGCUGCUCAACAUUUGGCUCAACCACAAAGCAAGGAAGUACCUCUUUUGCAACAGAAAUUGGAUCUACUUAAUCGUGCCUACGACGAGCUCGUAGAAUACAGCAAAGAACGAAAAGCUCGUCUCGAGGAUGCCAGAAAUUUUUUCCACUUUUUACAAGAUCACGAAGACGAGGAAUCGUGGCUUAUCGAAAAGCAACGUAUUUGCAAGGCUGGAAUAUCGGCGAAAGAUUUACGCGCCGUUAUUUCCUUGCAACAAAAGCAUAAAGUCUUACAGGACGAGAUGAAAGUACGUAGACCAAAAUCUGAACAAUUGUGCGAGGCUGGUAGAAGAUUGAUAGCCGACAAUCAUCCGUCCUCUUUAGAAAUUCAAAAUCGUAUAGACUCGUUGCAAGAACACUGGAAGGUUUUGGAAGAGCUGGCUGCCUUGAGAAAAAAACAAUUGGACGACGCAGCCGAAGCGUUUCAAUUUUAUGCCGACGCGAACGAGGCGGAUUCGUGGAUGAAUGAGAAAAUGGCUCUGGUUACUUCGGAAGAUUACGGCGUGGACGAGCCAAGUGCUCAAGCGCUCUUACAAAGACAUAAAGAUUUAGAAGGGGAACUUAAUGCUUACAAAGGCGACGUUCAAUCAUUGAACAUGCAAGCCGAGAAGUUGAUCAAGUCAGGAAUCUCCACGCUCGAGUUGUCGGCAGAUCCAGAACCUGUCGCAGAAUUGGAACAGGAAGAAUGGAGUAAGGAAAUACGAUUGGUACCUCAGGACGAAUGGGUUGACGAAAUCGUUGAACGAUUAGAACCAAAAACCAUUCACGAAGAAAGAUUGGUGCCUCAAGUAAAGAGUUUAUAUCCGUUCACCGGCAAAGGCAUGCACAUGGCUAAAGGCGAAGUAAUGUUCCUUUUGCAUAAGACCAAUCUUGAUUGGUGGAAUGUCAGGAAAGCUGAUGGCACCGACGGUUUCGUGCCAGCUAAUUACGUGCGCGAAAUCGAGCCCAAAGUGAUAUCCGUUCAAAUGAGAAGACCGGAAAAAGUCAGAGUUACGCAAAGGGUUAAGAAAACCAAAAUGGUCAAACAAGUGGUACCUGUAAGAAGGGUCAAGUCCAUCAAGUCUACGGUUAAACCUAUCAAACGCAAAGCCGUUAAUGACGGCGAUAGCGUUGAGAAACGUCAGAAAAAGAUCAACGACACUUACAGCGAAUUGCAAGAAUUGGCGUUGAAGCGUCACGCCUUGUUGGAAGACGCCAUUAGGUUGUACGGUUUUUACCGAGAAUGCGACGAUUUUGAAAAGUGGAUAAAGGACAAGGAAAAAAUGCUUCGUACCGACGAUCCUCGCGACAACGUGGAAACGGCUAAACGAAAGUACGAAAAAUUCUUGACUGAUUUAUCGGCAUCGGGGAAACGCGUUGAGGCUAUAGAUACCGCAGUCGACGAAUUCGUCAGGCAGGGUCACAGUCAAUUGGACAAAGUUAAAGCCAGGCAAAGACAUAUUCAUCAGCUUUGGGAUCAUUUGAACUGGCUGAAAACUCAAAAGGAAAAAAGCUUGGAAGGUGCAUCUAGCGUAGAAUUAUUUAACAGAACGUGCGACGAAGCUCACGAUUGGAUGUUGGAAAAAAUCACGCAACUGGAUACCGCGGAACUAGGACCCGAUUUAAAAACUGUUCAAGCUUUGCAGCGAAGGCACCAGCAUUUGGAACGGGAAUUGGCGCCGGUUGAGGAGAAAGUAAGGAAGGUAAAUCUAUUGGCUAACAGCGUUAAAAGUUCUUAUCCCCACGAACUAAACAACGUAAAUGCGCGACAAAACGAGAUCAAAGAUUUGUGGAACAAAGUGCAGAGCAAAGCAAAGGAGCGUAGAUCUCGUUUGGAAGAUGCCGUCGGCCAACAAAUAUUCAUGAAUAGUUCGAAAAAUUUAAUCAAUUGGGCAGCGGAUGUGCAGGAGACGAUGAAGGCCGAAGAAUCGGUCAGAGAUGUGGCUACUGCCGAACAAUUAAGAAAACACCACAUGGAACUCGGAGAGGAGAUAAAGACCCGCGAAGACGAAUUUCGAGAAGUCGAGGAGCUUGGAAAUCAGCUUAUACAUCGUAAUCCAGCCUUGACAGACGUUCGCGAAAGAUUGGAAAAGCUUCAUGGAUUGUAUCGAUCGGUAUCAUCCGAUUGGAUGGCAAAGGAAGAGUGGUUGCAACAAUGUUUAGAAUUACAGCAAUUUAACAGAGAGGCAGAUCAAAUCGAAGCUACGACGAGCUCUCACGAAGCAUUCUUAGAGUUUACCGAUUUGGGUGAAUCUUUGGACGACGUCGAAGGUUUACUAAAGCAGCAUGAGAAAUUUGACAAUACUCUUCAUGCUCAAGACGAUAGAUUGAAAGCAUUCAGCGACACUGCUGAUAAAUUGAUCGCUCAAAAUCACUAUGACAAAGAUUAUAUCAAUGAAAGAAGAAAUCAAGUAUUGGCACGUCGAAUGGCCGUGAAAGAUGCAGCUCAACGAAGAAGAGCGGCACUUAAAGCAUCGGAACACUAUCAACAAUUUUCAGCGGAAGUCGACGAUUUGCGUGACUGGUUGAGCGAUAAAAUGAAGACGGCAUCCGACGAAAGUUAUCGCGAUUUGAAUAACUUGGAACGCAAAUUGCAAAAACACGAGGCAUUUGAAAGAGAAUUACGAGCCAACGAAGGCCAACUGAGAGCUGUCAACAAGGCAGGGAAAGCCCUUAUAUCGGAGGAAAAUUACAGAUCGGAUGACGUAGGAGAAACGUUGAAAGAUCUUAACGAUCAGUGGGAUCGAUUAGUUGCACUUUCCUUGGAAAAAGGACGUAGGCUCAGACAAGCGGCCUCUCAACACGGUUACAAUCGUACGAUGGAGGAUGCAAGAUUGAAAUUGGAGGAAAUCGAGAAUUGUUUGCAAAGCAAACAAGUUGGAACGGAUCUUCGUAGUUGCAAGGAAUUAUUGAAGAAGCAUCAAACCCUUGAAAGUGAUAUGUGUCAAUGGGAACAAAAAGUUGACGAUCUUGUUGCUAUGGGUCAGGAAAUGGCUCACGAAGGACACUUCGAUGCUGCAAAUAUAUUAAAAAGCAGCCAGGCAACUCAGAGAAAGUUCCGUAGUUUGAAGGAACCCGCUAAAAGACGACGCGAAGCGUUGGAAGAAAGUUUACGUUUCCAUAAAUUUGGAUUCGAAUUGGAUGCCGAAUUGCAAUGGAUAAAAGAUCACUUGCCACAAGUUUCUUCAACGACGCUAGGACAAAACUUGCAUCAAGCUCAGAUGUUACACAAAAAGCAUAAAAAAUUGGAAGCUGAAAUCGCAGGACAUCGGCCGAUGAUAGACAAAACUUUAGCUUCGGGACAAGCGCUUAUCGAGCAAGCUCACCCUGAGAGGAAAAAGAUACGAGAGCUGUGCGAUUCGUUAGAUGACGCUUGGAAAGAUUUGAAAGAUAAAGCGGGAGAAAGAAGCAAAGCGUUAGACUUAUCAUUGAAGGCCCAAGAAUUUUUCUUUGAAGCCGGAGAAGUGGAAAGUUGGUUAAACGAAAAGAACGAUGUGCUCAGCUCGACCGAUUAUGGAAGAGAUCGUGAUGCAGCGACGAAAUUAUUAACGAAACACAAGGCGGUAGAACUCGAAUUGGACACUUACAAUGGCAUAGUAUCAGAAAUGGGACAUACAGCAGCCGCGAUGAUUAAUGCUAAACAUCCGGAUAGUAAAGCUAUAGCCAAUAAACAACAAGCGAUCGCUCAACAAAUGAGAGCAUUACAAAAAUUAGCAACGGUAAGACAGCAACGUCUUAUGGAGAGCAUGUAUCGACACGAAUACUUCUUAGAAAGUAGAGAAUUGGAACAGUGGAUCAAAGAGCAAGAGCAAGCUGCUGCUUCGGAGGAUUACGGACAAGAUUAUGAACACUUAUUGGCAUUACAAGCUAAAUUUAAUGACUUUAAACAUAGAAUAGAAGCUGGUUCCGAGAGAUUUAAUCAGUGCAAAGAAUUGGCUAGAAAGUUGAUUGCGAAUGAGAGUCCUUACAUUCAAGAUAUAGAAAAAAGACAAGAACAGUUAGGACAAGACGAAGAUGAUCCUGUUCUUCAGGUACAAAAGCAACAUGCGAUCAUUCGGGAAUCUUGGCAACAUCUUCUCGAUCUCAUUCGUAAUCGAGAGCAACGUUUACAAGCUGCCGGAGAAAUUCAUAGAUUCCAUCGGGAUGUAGCCGAAGCUUUGUCUCGGAUCCAAGAAAAAGAAGCAGCCUUACCAGAAGAUUUAGGACGUGACUUAAAUUCCGUAUUGGCGUUGAUCAGACGACACGAAGGAUUUGAAAAUGAUCUCGUUGCUUUGGAAGCACAGUUGCAAGUUUUAGUAGAGGAUGCAUCGAGAUUGCAAGUUCAUUAUCCGGGUAACAAUGCCAUGCACAUAGAUCAACAACAACAAAUCGUCGUUGCACAUUGGGAAGAUUUGAAAGAGAGAUCUGCUCACAGAAGGGAUCAGUUACAAGCCAGUUGUGAUUUACAGAGAUUCUUGACUCAAGUGAGAGAUUUAAUGAAUUGGGCUGCCGGUCUUCGUGCCGCUAUGUCGACCGAAGAUAAAGUUCGAGAUGCUGCUAGUGCACAAAUGUUAAAGGCGGAACAUGAAGCUUUGAAAGGAGAAAUUGAAGCAAGAGAAGAUAGUUUCAGUUCGGUCUUAGAUUUGGGCGAAGCUAUGGUACAAACCGGUCAUUACGCUGCUACGGAAGUGGAAGAAAAAUGUAAUCAACUUUUAGACGAAAGACAGAAACUUCAUACGGCUUGGCAACAGAAGAAGGUCCACUUGGAUCAAUUGAUAGACCUACACUUUUUCCUGCGUGACGCUAAACAAUUAGAUAAUCUUUCUAGUACCCAAGAGGCUGGCCUAAGUGGCGACAACUUUGCUGUGUCGGUCGAAGAAGUCGAUGCGCAAAUGAAGAAACACAACGAGUUUGAAAAACUACUCGUUACUCAAGAAGAAAAAUUGACUGCUCUGCAAGAACACGGUGACAAGCUCUUGGCACAGAAUCACUUUGAUUCGCCUACGAUUGAUAAACGAUUAAACGAGGUUGUACAAAGGCGAGUCAAAAUUCGUAACUUGUGCGAAGCGCGUAGACAAAAAUUGGAAGCGAGUUUACUUCACGCGCAAUUCGUCAGAGACGUUGGUGAGGCAGAAUCUUGGAUUGGCGAGAAACAAAAGAAAUUGGAAGCUGAAACGUCGAAAGGUGAAGUAUCCAGUUUGGAGGAUAAAAUUAAAAAAUUACAGAAACACCAAGCCUUCCAAGCGGAGCUUGCAGCUAAUCAAAGUAGGAUUGAAGAAAUAAAAGCUAAAGGGGAAACUUUGUUGGGACAACAGCAUCCUGCGAGUAAAGAAAUUCACGAACAACUAGUGCAAUUGUACGCCUCUUGGCGAAGACUACUCGUAGAGUCUGGAAAUCGUGGAAGAGGCCUGGAGGAAGCACAAGACAUAUUAGAAUUCAACAACCAAGUUGAGAAAAUCGAAGCUUGGAUAAGAGAUAAGGAAAUGAUGGUUCAGGCAGGUGAUACGGGUAAAGAUUAUGAGCACUGUUUGAGUCUUCAAAGAAAGUUGGACGAUGUUGACAGUGAUAUGAGAGUGGAUGAUUCGCGAAUAAAAGCGAUCAAUGCUUUAGCCGAUAAACUUAUGAAACAGGGUCGCGAUAACGAAUCAAAGACCAUACAACAACGUCGUGACAAUUUCAAUAAUAAAUGGAGAGGUUUACAAGGUGCACUAAGUGCUUACAGAGAAACCUUAGCUGGUGCAUUAGAAAUUCAUUUAUUCAAUAGAGAUAUCGAUGAUACUAACCAAAGAGUUAUGGAAAAAUCAGUUGCCAUGAACACCGCCGACGUUGGUAAAGAUUUACCAGCCGUAGAACAAUUGCAAAGGAAACAGGAGGCAAUGGAAAGAGACAUGACUGCUAUAGAAGGAAAAUUGAACGAACAUAGAGAAGAAGCAAGAAAACUUUCGCAUAAAUAUCCUGAUAAAGCUAACCAAAUAAACGCUAUGCUGUCGGAAGUACUGACAAAUUGGGCCGAAUUGCAACGAUUAACUCAACGUCGUCGACAAGCUUUAAAUCAAGCAUACACGUUGCACAAAUUCGAAGCAGAUUUGCAUGAACUAGAAAUUUGGGUUGCUGAUACGAUUAAACGAAUGGACGAGUCGGAACCACCUACUACCAUUUCAGAGGCUGAAGCUUUAUUGGAAUUGCAUCAAGAAAGAAAAGCAGAGAUCGAUGGUAGACAAGAUACAUUUAAAGCAUUAAAGGAACAUGGACAGAAAUUGGUUUCAAUUAACGAGGACGUUAAAGAAAGCCUACAACAUCUUGAGGAACUUAGAUUGAAACUCGUGCACGCGUGGGAAGCUCGUAGACAGAAAUUGACGCAAGCGCAUCAGUUACAAUUGUUCAAAGAACAGGCCGAUCAAGCAGACAGUUGGCUCGCAAUGAAGGAAGCAUUUCUUAAUAACGACGAUCUCGGUGAAUCAUUGUCAGGUGUCGAAGCGUUGCUAAGAAAGCACGAAGAGUUUGAAAAAAUGCUGGUAUCUCAAUUAGGAAGAAUAGAGGAAUUGGAGAAAUUUGCAAAUGACAUUUUGGCGGAAGAACAUGCCGACGCUAAUAUAAUUAGACAGAGAUUAGCGUCAGUUUGCGCUAGAAGAGACAGAUUGCAAAAUAGUGCUACGGCUAGAAGAGAAAAAUUACUGGAAAGCCAUCAUUUGCAUCAAUUUCUUCGAAAUAUAUACGAAGUCGAGGGAUGGUUGCAUCAGAAGCAGCAAGUGGCAAGUGACGAAAAUUACCGAGACUCGUCGAAUCUACAAAGUAAAAUUCAGAAACAUGCUGCUUUUGAGAGCGAAUUAAUAGCAAAUAAAGGAAGAAUAUCGUCAGUCGUUAACGAAGGCGAAGCGCUCAUUGAAGAUAACCAUUAUGCUUCUAAAGAAAUACAAGAGCGUUUGGAAGAUUUAGAAGCGGAGUGGCGUCUUUUGCAAGAAACAAGCGAAUUGAAAAAGAAUAGACUGAACGAUGCGUAUCAAGCUUUGCUUUUCAGUAGAACUUUGGACGAAUUUGAGGCUUGGAUGGAUGAAGUGGAAACGCAAUUGCAAUCUGAAGAUCACGGAAAAGAUCUUUCUAGUGUCGCAAAUCUUUUAAAGAGGCACACCAAUUUAGAAAACGAUGUUUUAGGGCAUAACGAGGCAUGCGAAUCGAUCAAAGAAACAGCCGCGAGUUUUGCUAAAUCGAAUCACUUUAUGUCCGAAGAAAUUCAAGAAAGAGCUUCGGCCACCAUCAAUAGGUACCACAGUUUGCAAGAGCCAAUGCAGAUACGAAGAGAUAAUUUGGAAGAUGCUAAAUUAUUGCACCAAUUUGUAGCGGACGUUGAAGACGAGCUACAUUGGUUAUCGGAAAAAGAACCUUUAGCUGCUAGUAAUGACUUAGGUAGUUCCUUGAUGACAGUCCAAAGACUUCAAAAGAAACAUCAAGCUUUGGAAGCAGAAUUGAUAUCCAGAGAACCAGUGGUAGGCUCUUUGAUCAGUAGAGCAACGGCCAUGAUAAGAAGUGGUCAUUUCGCUUCGGAGAAAAUCGAAAAGUUGUCGCAAGAAUUGCAAGAAAAUCUUUCGCAUCUUCGAGACUUGGCGAGUGUUAGGAAAUUACGUUUAUUGGAUGCAGUCGAAUCGCAAAUGUUCUAUGCCGAAGCUGCUGAAGCUGAACAAUGGAUAAGGGAGAAACAUCCACAAGUAACAUCGACGGAUUAUGGAAAGGACGAAGAUUCAGUACAGUCUUUGCUUAAGAAAUUGGAAGGAAUAGAACGCGAUUUGUCGGGUUUCGAGAGUACUGUAGAUAAUCUUAAAAAACUCUCACACGGUCUAAUAGAGAGACAUCAUUUUGACAGCAAAAAUAUAGCACAGAAACAAGGCGAAAUCGAAAGUAAAUUCAAAGAAUUACAAAACUUGAAGGAUCACAGGUUACAACGUUUACUGGAAAGUGAAAAAUUCUUCCAAUUUAUUAGACAGGCCGAUGAAGCGAUCGAAUGGAUCGGAGAUCAAACUACUGUCGCUGCUUCGGAAGAUUACGGUCGUGACGUUGAACACGUCGAGCUGUUAAUUCAAAUAUUUGAUAAUUUCUUAGCUGGCCUAACGACGAGCGAGAAUCGAAUUUCUGCCGUGCUCGAUGCAGGUCAAAAAUUGAUUGAACGUAACAAUCCCGAAAAGGCUAGAAUCCUUGGGAAAAUUGAAGAAACGAAACAACAGUGGGAAGAUCUUAAGGAACUUGCACACGCGCGACAAGAUGCGUUAGCGGGUGCUAAACAGGUUCACAUGUUUGAUAGGACAGCCGAUGAAACGAUUUCGUGGAUUCAAGAAAAGGAGGCCGCUUUAAGUUCUGACGGAUAUGGACACGAUUUAGAAACUAUUCAAGCUUUAGUCAGGAAGCAUCAGGGAUUUGAAACCGAUCUAGGUGCAGUAAAAGAACAGGUCGAAUCUCUGAUGGAGGAAGCAUUGCGUUUGAUCGAACUAUUCCCAGAUGCACGUAUACACAUUGACGUUAAGCAUCAAGAAGCUGAAGCGACUUGGAACGAACUCUUGGAAAAGUCUGCCCAAAGGCGAAGCAAAUUGGCACAGGCCGAACAAUUGCAAUCGUAUAUGGGCGAAUACAGAGACUUGCUAUCGUGGAUAAAUGAAAUGGUGGCAAAAGUAACAGCACCGGAAUUGGCACGAGACGUUCCAGGAGCCGAAGCUCUAAUUUUGCGACACAACGAAUACAAAGCCGAGAUCGAUACGCGAAAGGAAGCAUUCGAAAAAUUCUACAAAACUGGCCAAGAGCUCAUUGAGCAAGGCCACUUUUUGGGAAAAGAAAUUGAAGAAAAAAUAUCUGUAUUACGUUUAAGAAAACAAAUUCUUUUGGAUACAUGGGAACAAAGAAAACUUAUAUAUGAACAGAAUUUGGAUACACAAUUAUUCAAACGAGAAGCAGAAACUUUGGAAAAUUGGAUAGUUAGUAGAGAACCAAUGUUACACGAUGGUAAACUAGGCGAUAGCAUCCCACAAGUAGAGGAACUUAUAAGAAAACACGAAGAUUUUGAGAAAACUAUAGAGGCUCAGGAAGAAAGGUUCAACGCACUAAAUCGUAUAACAAUGCUCGAGAAAGCGUUCCGAAAGCAACAAGAAGCAGAGUUAGCAGCGAGACAAGCUGAGAAAGAACGAAUCGAACGAGCACGAAUUGAGGAACGAAAACGUAAAGAAGUACAAAGAAUAACCGAAGAACGGAAACGCGAGGAAGAAAGAAGAAGAUUACUGGAUAGUCCUCAUCGGCCUUCACACGAUGAAGUCAAUGGAUCAGUCGAUGAACACGAAUCCGUUAACAGAUUGGCACCAUUAAAAGGUCCCACUCCUGCCGAUGUUUCGGAGCCUCCUUUGAUUCAAAAACCACACGGUGUACCUCAUGUAUUUGGUGAUAAAUUGAGACGAAGUAAUGUGGAUAUUAAAAGAGCAGAAAGUAUGAAAGUUGAUACAAAGAAACCGAAACGGACACCGAGUUUCACGACCAGACGAAGAACACAGAGCUUCAGGAAACUCCAAAGAAUGGAAAACAUGGAUGCUUUACCGCCCGUAGAAAUUCAAGGUCUUCUCGAGAGGAAACACGAAUUACAAAGCGCUGGGAAGAAAGCCGCUGUGCGCUCGUGGAAGCAAUAUUACACCGUAUUAUGUGGGCAAUUAUUGUGCUUCUUCAAAGACAUGGAAGAUUUCUCUCUUAGCAAAGCAGCUACCGCACCAAUAACUAUUUUUAAUGCUAUAUGCGAGAAAGCGGACGAUUAUACGAAAAAGAAGAAUGUAUUCCGCUUGAAGUGUACAGAUGGCUCAGAAUUUUUAUUCUUAGCUCCAAAUCAACAAGAGAUGGAAGAUUGGGUCAAUAAAAUAUCCUUCCAUGCUAAAUUGCCACCAAGCCUACAACUUUUGAGCUAUGACGAUUCUCAAAAGGAGGGCUUGGAGAGAUUACAUAACACACCAUCGGAUCACCAAGAUGAUAAUAUAUCUACUGGAAGUAGCCGUAACUCAACACCCGAAAUGGAACGGAAGAAUUCGGUUAUUAGAUGCGAUGUUAAUAAUCAACGCUCUCCGAGUACAGUACAAAUAGAAUUUCUACAGCAGCAUCGACAAAAUCAACAACGCCGUGAUCCACACAAUGCAGAAUUCUUAGCUUCGGAGAGAUCAGAACCACCUCAAACGCAAACAGAAUUUUUGCAAAUGCAUAGACAACAGCAAUUGCUCGCGCAGCAACAACAACAGUUAAUUCAACAGGAACAAUUUGCAAAUCAAAGAGAUCAAUAUCAACAAAAUUCAAGCGAUAAACCUCCCAUACCGCCAAGAGGAGCACCGCCACCGAUUCCUAUACGAUCUCCAAGUUCCGAAAAUAUGGUUCAAUUUCGAAGAAAUGAUUCUGAUCAUCAUGUACAGCAAGGAAGACCACAAUCGUAUCAACAACGCAGUACAACUUUAAAUCAUAAUGGAUCGAGCCAAUAUUCCACAAACGAAGUAUGGCAUAGGCAAAGUAAUGUAGACAUGAACACACAACAUUCAGAAUUAGCACCUCCCCUGCCAUCGAGCGCCCCUCCACCUACCGGAAUGGCUCAGUGGAAUAUACCCCAUGACCCUGCGUAUGGGAAUGUACCGAUAACUGUUAGACAGCAACAAAAUAAUACAUUUAGUACCAGACCAGCCUCUUUACCUCCGUAUGUAGCUCCGCCAGCAGUACCACAAAAUGUUCAAAAUGUUAAUACACUCGUAGAUGGUAGAAGACCAUCCGAGAGUGGAUCGGAAAGUGAAAAUAGUAUAAGUGGUAGUAGAAAAGAUCGUGAUUAUAAACGAAGUUCCGUUCUAAGCAAUUUAUUCGGCAGAAGAAAGAAACCAUCUCAGUCAUAAUUUACAGGGAUCUCUUUCCAUUCUCGUAGUGUACUUAAAAUCGAAAAGAAAAAAAAAGAGAUUC